AUGGGGUCGCCCGUCCGAGAAAACGGCGCGUUGUGUGUGCACAACGCGCCGUUUGUGUGUCACAAAAUCCCGAUUUGGUCAACACAAUUUGCGAUUUUAGAAUUUCAGGAGUCGCCCAUUAUGCUUUCGAUAUCUAACUGUGCAUGCAAUACAGUAUGA